AUGGAAAAAGCUAUACGUCAACCUUUCAAUGGGGAAGCUACAGGGAUUUGGCCUUCUGGUAUAAAGAAGAAGGAUCUUAGAAUUAGAAAGAUUCCACUUCAUGUCGCAGUUGGUCACCUUCUUAACAAGGACAGCUCCGAAAAGGAUGUAGCUUGGUCGAUGAUGGUGAUAAUCGUUAUAUUGGCAGAAUCCACGAGAUUCUACAACAUUUUGAAUGCUCUCGUUGAAAACUUUGAGUCUUACUACUAUCUUGAUGAGGAUUCCGUCAGCAUGAUAAAUGAAUGGAGUCACGUCUCAGCAUACCUUCUCGACUCCCACAAAUCAUCGAAGGUGGUGUUCGACUAUCCGCUUGCGUGCCUCAGUAACUAG